AUGGAAUCUCGGUUUGAGAAAGAUGCCCCGGCGACAGCUGAGCCUUCAGCCACCAUCAAUGCACCAACAGCCUUGACCACUAAACCUACCGCGUCGAGCACUGGCUCUUCACUCACAAACGGUCAGUGCGAUAUAGGACGUACAACCUAUACGUACAUACAUACAUGCAUACAUAAAUACUGGAGUGCAACGGCAACGGCAAGAUUUGCCUUGGGUCCGGGUUCGGUAACCGCUGCUCGAGAGAAGGCUGGUGUAGUAGCUCGACCGACCACUGCGAAACCGGCUAUCAGUCCUCAUUUGACACCUGAAUUACUGCCGCUAACAACAUCUCUACCGAUGCUCAAUACGGAAGCAAUGGAAAGACCUGCAAGGGCUCUGGUUUCGGUGGCUGUUGUUCAACAAAGCGGGUCUUGUGGCGUCGCUGCUGCCCACUGCGACGCGCAACGGGGUCGUCAAGCAGCGUUUUGUGACUGCUCCGCAGGCUCUUUAGUUCAUAAGCAAGUUGGGUGUUUUUAUCUACUGUUAAUUAUAGUAAACCCUGUAACGUUUUGA